UGAAAAUGAGAAGGGUGAGAAGUAAUCUAAACCAUUCAUUUUUUUGAUCAACGGACAGAUUUAAUUAGCAUUUUUUCAUAGUUGCACGCGGUUCAAUUUGGAUUUUUCAUGUAAUUUGAACCGGUUUUUUAUUGAUUAACCGGUUCAAUAUAUAAAGAAUUUUUUUUUUUCUCUCUCCUACUUUACUUUCUCGACAUUUUCUUUGCGUUCCAUCCUCAAGAAUUUUCGUCUUCCUCCCGUUCAUUUUUCUUGGAUUUUAUUUGUUCUUCAAUCGUUUGAAUCUCAACCGUUCCAUCCUGCUUUACUUUCGUUUGAAUCUCGACAUUUUCAUUGUUCUUCAAUCGUUCUUGGAUUUUAUUUCAGGUAUUUCAGUUCUUGAUUUAAGGGUUUAUUUUCUUCGAUUUUUGGUGUUUAUUUGUAUAUUACUCUGGUAUUUGAUAUUUAGGGUUAAUUUCUGUUGAUAUUAUUUGAUAUUACUCUGCUUUACUUCGAUUUUCAUCUUGUUCUGCGACUUUUCAUUUUCAUUCGAUUUUUAGGGUUAAUUUCUUCAUCUUGUUCUGCGACUUUACUUCGAUGUUUUGAUUUUUUUAGUCUCGACAUUUUGAUAUUAUUUUUGGUUUAAUUCUGGUUUUUUAAAUCGUCGAUUAUCACUUUUUUUUUUAGUUGUCAUGGCAAAAACAAGAGGUUCGUCAACUUCGAAGUCAGGUCAUCAACGAGGUCGCAGUAUUCCAGUUGAUAUUCCCUCCACUUCUAAUUUACAUUUGAAUUCCAACACAAGAAAGAGAAGAGCUGAGGAAACUGACAAUGUACAACAAAGGUCUGUAAGGUUGAGAUCUACAUUCCAGACAAAAAGUAGACCUUCUCAAUUGAUCAAAUUGAUGAAGGGAUUCACUGAGAAACAAAAAAUCUCAGUGAGAGAGAUUGGUUUUGGUGGCCUUCUUGAUUUAAAGUUAUGUAGAAAUCCAUCUGCAAUGCUUGGUUGGCUUGUAGAUUGUUUUGAUCCCGGUAGUUGUAUGUUUUUUAUAGACUCUUUCAAGUGCUUUCCCAUUUCUGAAUAUGAUGUAUAUGAUGUUUUUUGUCUACCUCUGAACCCAAACAAUGAUGUAGAUAUAGUUUCAAGGUGUGCGAACAAGUAUAAUCCUGAUUUUCCCUUGAAACAAGAAUUUAGAUCCUUUUUUGGUUAUGAAGAUACAAAUGCAGCAAUUCCUUUAGAAUUGCUUGAACGAAUGAUCCCUAGGAUGAUUGAUGGUGGGGAUGAGUUCAAGCAACUUUUUGUGUUGCAUGCUAUUUCUUCUUUCUUAGCCCCAACCCAAAACAGAACAAUAGACCUUAAGAUUGUAAAGUCCAUAAUAGAUUCGAAUAAGAUUAGUUCUUUUAAUUGGUGUAAGUAUGUGCUUGAUCAGUUUUGUGACUCUGUUGUUAGAUAUCGUAAAGGAAAGGUGCAAUUUUUUUCUGGAUGCAUUGUUUUGUUGGAAAUAAUUUAUUUUCAUCGUUUGAAAUUCAAGAAUAUCUCUUUGCCAUCCUCUUUACCCCUUAUCUCUCAUUGGACUGAUAAGGAUGUGUCAAAAAGAAUUAAGGAGGAAACAUCUGCUAAUCAUUUUGGCAGUGGUUUAAUUUUGAGUACAUAUCCCGUGAGUCAGACGAUGGUUUUUGAGUAUGGUCAAGCUGUUGGGUUAAAGGUGAACAACGUUGAUAUUGGUCAACCAAGUGUAAAUGCAGAACCCUUCAGAGAUCAAACAGUGCAAGACGAAGAUAAAAUUGAGUUUCACUUGCCGUUAAAUGCAAUGCGUAAUUCUGAAAUACGCCAAGUAGCUGAGGAUGAAAUAUGUGAGUUGCUGAUGCUGAUGAGGAGAGACACUCAAGUUGUCUCCGAGUUUUACAUGCAGAAAAUUAAGUUGUUUUUAGAACAAAAACGUUCAUUUUCUUCUCCUCCUGUCCCUUUUCCUGAUGUUCCUUCUACCUCAUCCACACCUUUUUCUGAAACCCAAAGUUUUUUCAUGAAUCCUACCGUGCUCAAUACUAUCGAUGAGAUAGUUGACACGGUUAAAUGGGUUACCUCUAUUCCCAGGAUGGUGAAUGAGGUUUUUGUUGCUGAUGAGGGUGAUGUAGAUGUAGAUGUAGUGGAUGAGGUUGAAUUGGAUCAAGUUGUAAAUAAUGUUGUAAAUAAUGUUGCUGAUGAGGGUGAUGAUGAUGUUGUAAAUAAUAUCACUGUUUUUGAAAGCCAUGGUUAUGAGAAUGUAUUAAUACAUGGCAGGGCUAAGUGUUCCAUUCCUUUCAGAGGUGUGAAUGAUAAAUUUACAUAUGUUUCACAUCUGCUGAAGUCAAACAAAAAAUAUAUGAGACAACUUGGUUCGUUACUUCAAGAAACAGUUGACUAUUGUUUUGUUUCUGAUCAAUGUUUUGACAAUAGGUGAGUCUUUUUUUUUGGUUUUUCUUUUUAUGUGAUUUUUGUUUUUUAUUAUACUUAUUUAAUUCCUUUUUAUUUGACAGUGAAUUGCUCAUUAAUUAUGAGGACAAUUUGAGGAUUCAAAGGGAAGAGUUUUAUACUCUUGGGGAUCCCUCAAAGUGUACUCAUGUUUCUGUUGUGGAUUGUUGGUGUUUAUUGCUCAAUGAAAAUGAAAAGAACAAGCAAUCUUCAAAAAAGUUCUUCUUUAGUGCUAGUUCUAGUGUACGUUUUUUGUCAUUUUUAUUCUAAAUUACUUUUCUUUUAUUUUGAAUUAUUUUUAGUUAUUUCAUUGUUUUUUUUUUACAGCUUGCUUUGUUGGAUUUUAAUAAUAAUGGUGGUUCUGAACAAAUUGAUUUAAUUUGUGAUUCUUGGGUCAAAUGGGUGGAUUUCAACCAAGUUGAUUUGACUAAGUUUGAUCUGGUAAGAUAUUUUUUUAAUGAUUGAUUGGCUUAUAUAGUCACUAUUUUAGUUGUUAUAGCUACUAAUAGGUAGUUAGUACUUGUGCAGUCACUUUUUUUUAGAUAUAUUUAUUGAUUCAGUGAUAUAUAAUAUACAGAUUGUUGUCCCGAUAUUGAAAGGCAGUCAGUACUUCUUACUUCUUCUGAAUAUGAAGUUAAGAAUGGUUCAAUGGAUAGACAAUGUGAACCAUACUGCUGUUUCAGAAGAAGAAAUUAGAAAGCUCGGUGACACUAUGGUAUGUGUAGCAUUUUAUUAUCCUGAAAAACCUUUUGCCUAUGUUGCUAAGAUUAUGAAAUAUUUAUUAAUAAAUAUUUAAAUGAAACUUUUGUAGAAAGAUUUGUUGUCAACAAUUUUUGAUGAUAAGAUGCAAGCUACUCAUGUUAUUCCAUUAUGGAAAAUGGAACGAGUUCCCACCGAUUGGAAAAUGACUGCUAGGACAAACAUUGAAAGUGAUGUAUUUAUGAUGAUGAGCAUGCUGUUUUUCGAGGGAACAGUUGAU